GUAAAAUCGGUUUUGUGGAUCAAAAUAAAUCUCAUGCCAUUUUCAGUUAACAAGAGUAAUAGGAUAAUAGUAAAGUUAACAAUGCCAACAAAACUUAUCAAAGAUGCCCCUACUCUUUUUAGGUUACUCAAUGGAGUAGUAUGUGUUUUUAAGCCCAGUGGAAUACCUGAAGGAGCUGUUAAGUACUCCCUUCUCACCAAACUUUGCAAUGAAUUGAAUCAGGUGGAAUGCAGACCACCCAAGGAGAUAGUCACUAUAGCAGGAGACACCACAAAGGAGAUGAGGGUCACUGUAUCACCGAGCUAUGCUGAUCAUCCUCUCGUAGUAGGUCCAAGGUAUCAAGAGAAAGACUUCCGCUGUCAAUGGCCCCUUCCUCUUGGAGUUCACACUUCUGGUGUUCUUUUGUUAGGGUUGAAUCAAGGAGUGCGGAUAGUACGGGCGUUAGAGCACGCUCACCAAAUAAGGACGUUUCAUGUGACUGGGCAGCUAGGUCGAGCCACUGAUACAUAUUUUACAGACGGAAAAGUCGUUGAGAGGUCAAAGUUCAAACAUGUCUCUCGAGAAAGAAUGGACAAAUUAUUAGCAUCAAUACAAGCGGCACAUCAGAGGACCAUGUUUGAGCUAUCUGGCGUAGAUAUUCAAUCUCAGGAUGCUUACGAGCUUGCUGUCAAAGGCAUGAUCAGACCUGCAGAUCCCAAUGUGCCGAUGAUUUAUGGUAUCAAGUGUGUGGAGUUCAACCCUCCGGACUUUACAUUAGAAAUCCACUCAACGAACGAGAGUGAGAUCUAUUUAAAGAAGCUGAUAAAUGCGAUUGGCAUCAAACUACACACAGCUGCUGUUUGCUCUGGACUCAGAUGCAUUCGACAUUCUUACUUCACGGUUCAAAACGCACUUUUGCGCAAACAUUGGACUUUGCAACAUGUUAUUGACAACUUACAAGAGAACGAUAAAUUAAUAAGAGCUAAUCCUGACAGGGGAAAUAUUCUCCUGAAUAAACCUCAACUACCGGAUCCGAAUGAUCAGCAAACUCUUAUAGCAUAGAAAAUAACUUGUAAAUAACCCAUGUACUAUAGUCAUUUUUGUAAAUAAACUG